AUUUUAAAUAAUGUAAUAUAAUGAAGUACUCACUGUUUCAAUGCUUGAAAAUGUGUGCAAAACGUAUUUAAUGUCUUGUAUUCGCUAUCAAACCACAGAUCGCAAAACUCUUUGAAAUAUAAAAGAGUAAAUAUGCAAUAAAAUUUAUAUUGAGAGCAAUCAAAAAUCGUCAAAGUAAGGUUAACGCACAGAAACGAUUGCAACAAGCAGCGUUGUCGUUAUUAUUAACUCAACACUAUGUGUGGUUUUUCCUCAAUGGAUUAGAUAAGGAAAGAAAAUCAUUAAUUUGGCAUUAAAUAUAACAACGGCAACCUAGCCGUUGGGACAGCUCGCGCCCUCUGACAAGACGGCGGAACAUAAUAGUAAAGAGAGAGCUUAUUUAAGAAACAUAGCAAAGAAAGAGUCCGAAAAUAACCUAUUUUUGGGACAUUUUUUCACGCUUAGUUUCUUGUCUCUACUUGUCUCUGGUGUACAGUUCCUAACUAGUCCAUUAGGAAUAGUAUGACAGAGACAAGUACUUGUCUCUGAGUAUGGUUUCUGAAUAUAUAUAAUUAAAUAUCGCAGUUACGUUAAGAUAAUUAGUGGUCAUGGAUAGAGGAAAGUCUGCACCUGGUACGAGGGGACCAAAAGCCAAAAUUUCGCAGCAGCUUCCAGACUCUUUUAUAGCACUUGGGGCCAAACCAGGGACGUCUCGAGAUGACCCUAAGAGAACGAUCCCUUUACCCAAACCGUCGGUUGUCUCUGGUAGUAAUGGUAAGCAAGUGAAGACCAUAUUAGUGUUUGACCCAAGAGCUGUUAUAUUCUUAGACUUUUAGCGCUCAGAAUCAUCUAUUCAUAAUUUGGAAAUCCCAUACAAAAUUUGUUUUUACGAGAAAUCACCUUAAUGGAGUCUACUGCAGUAAUAAUUCAACUUUAUCUAAUAAGCUUUCAAUGCAUAAUUUACCAAUAAAGAGAGGAACUUCGACAACAUAGUUGGAACCAGAAAUAGUCAGAUAUUCUCCUAAACUCUAUGUUUUCUUGUAGAUACAUGAUAAUUCAAUAUAUGGGUCUAUAGUUGUUCUCAUAUUAAGAGUGAAAAAAAUAAGACGUAUGCGAAAUGCGCUGUUAAAAAACCCUCCCUUACUCAUGCAUUUAUCAACCUUGUACUUAGUUCGUUACUAAAAAAUAAUCUAUUAAGUGGCUAACAGCACAAAAGUGCUCUACAAUCCUCUAAACAUCUAAAGCUGGUGCCAGGGGAUAAGUUAAAGCGGGAAGCAAGCUCUUCCACUUUGGCUGUUCCACCCUCAAAGAAAUUGAAAGUGGGUUUGGCUGGAGUGUCCCGAUCAGGGAUUAUUGGGACCGGCUCCGCAAGCCUGUUGCCCAUUGAUCGAAUGGCAGGAGGAUCAUCUGGGACUGAACCCUGGGAGAGUCUGGCAAUUGAGUGCGAUGUGGCUGAUGUAUUUGAUAAACUCACCCAAAAUGCCUAUGCAGAUAAUACGGACAGAAUUGUUGGUUAUAUUAUUGGAUUUAUUAAAAACUUGCGGGCCACCAAAGCGAAGCCCUGUAAAUUAACAUGGUCGACAAUAUUCUCAUUAGGUUGCCUGAAACCAGAAAUAUUUACAAAUGAAAACGUAGUCAAUGGUAUGGUUAGCGUUUUAAGAAGAGACAUUGCCGCUGGUCUGAAAGGAAUGCACAAAAGCAAUUCGCAUGUGCAUCAGAUGUUCCUCAAUCUAAUUUGCCAUGCUUUCAGCGAAAAAGAUAACUGGCCGGAAAUAUUUGUUAAGUUAUAUGUAGAAGACGCAAUAGGAGACAGAAUAAUAAUUGACAGUCCUUUUGCUAAACCGUUCGUAGACAAUAUAAUUACGGCUUUUCAUACCAAGGUGCCGCCUCUAACAUCUCUUCUCAAGUCAGAGAAUUGGAGCUCUGCUUCUAGAGACACUUCGAGUCCAUUGACAAUAAAUAAUAUGGAAGACGAUGACCCCGCCAGUGAGCAGAAAAAUAUAGUGGAAACAUGGCAAGCUCGAAUAUCACCCAGAUAUGCUCACGCUCAAGAGCAGGUGGAGCAGAUUCUACUGGAAGCGAUUCAAGAUCUUCUAGCUAGAAGACAACAACCUGAAGCCACCAGUAAAAAUCUUGUUAAACUACUUAGUACGGCUUGUGGCUUAAUCGAGAUGAGAGUAAUAGCAGUGUCUCGUAUAGAAGCCUGGCUUCAUAAUCAUAAACUGAUGAAGCCUGCACAAGAGCUGUUGGCGUACCUUUGCUACAACUGUUCAGCGAGUUCUCAGAGAGAUUUAGAAGUGAUAGCGCAGUUGAGUAAAUUGAGGCUUAAAAACAAACCGAUGGUGAACUAUUUCAACAACUGCCUAAGAGAAAUGGUAUUGUCGUUCCAGGAGAACUUGUAUCCGCUCUUAAAGUAUACAAUUUAUAAUGAGUUGAGCAACGCAAGAAAUCCAAACAAUUUGAUAGUGGUUGGCGCUCUGUUUCAAGUCAAACCUGAUCAUGCAGCUGAUGCCUUAGCUGAUAUUUGUUUGGAACUAUUAUUGAAUAAAGAGGAUUAUCUUCGUUCACUUCGUGCACUUCUAAAAGAAAUCAACAGAGUUCUCAGGCACGAUUUCAAUUUACUAAAUGUGGUUCACGCAUUGCUACGAGAACGAAAGGAAUUGAAUGCCUCUAUUCGAGACCAUGAUUUUCGGGAGCGAAUAUUCCUGUCCUUGGUGGAUUUGUCAACAAUGUGCAUGUUGUUGUGUGUUAGUCCGCAAGUUAGAGAUGCUGCAACUCAAAGCAAACGAGAUGUUUCCGUUCUGACGGCUUUUAAGAUGCAGGUUACCAAUAUUCAAAGGGAAUGUGUUACAUGGCUCCAAGAUUCAGCAUUGAGAGUAUUUCGACCAAAUGUUCCUGACUUUCAUCAUGCGCUGUUGAAAGUUUUAUUUUUGGAACAGCCGGAACAUUACUACAAAGUGGAUUCAUGGCCAGGAGAAAAUGAACGAAACCUAUUUUUACGGCUGGCCAGCGAAGUUCCUCUUCUGCAAGCGACUUUGCUGCGUAUUCUUCUAAUCGGAAUAUCCAAAGAACAUCCAAUAACGCCAAAUGAAGUCACGGAUGUUGUCGAUCAGCUCAUUAAACGAGCAGCGAAUCUUUCUCCCGACUGCGGACCUCCAUUACAAAUUGACAAGCUGGAGAUUAUGGAUUUUUUCUUCAAUUUAUGCAGUUAUAACUAUCCCGAAAACAUCACGUUGCCGCAUGGAUACGUUGCCCCUAAAUUAGCAAUUUCUAUCUUAUAUUGGAAGGUCUGGUUGAUUUUAUUAACAUUGGCAGCCCAUAAUCCAUCGACUAUUGGAAAUCUCGCAUGGAAUAAGUACCCUACAUUAAGAAUGUUCAUGGAAAUGUGUAUUACAAAUUAUUUUUCAUUUCCUCCUCCAACAAUGAUUACAGCAGAAGACGAUUUUCAUUCCAAAGAACUUCAGGUUCUUGCUCUCGAAAAACAAACCAUAUUAGAGUUUGAGUCUCAUUUGGCAGCCGCUAGCACCAAAGCGGAGAUUAAUGAACAAACCAGCCAUCUUUUGCCCCAACUUAUGGAGCAGAAUCCACUUGGAGAUUCUCGCAGGCCUCCGCCUCAAAUAUUAGAUUUAUUACAAACUUUGAACAACUCACAUAGACUGGGACAUUUGCUAUGCAAAUCAAGACAUCCCGAUUUUCUCUUAGACAUUAUGUCUCGACAAGGAGGAGCUCAUAUGCCUUGGUUGGCUGAACUGGUCCAUAGUGCUGAAGGAGUUCUCUCUCAUCUCCCAGUGCAGUGUUUGUGCGAAUAUUUGCUGUCCACUGCACCUGCGGAAAAAUUAACUAAACAUGGACAACUACUUGCGCAUCUUCGAACAGUGGUAAAUGGCCCGGACACUCAGUCCGCAUGUGAAGUUCUCGAAUAUUUAUUUAGACGAUUAACAUCGGAUCAUGGAGCGAGUAGAACGCAAGCUACUAAAGGCUUGGGGUUAAUCUUGUCUCCAACUGAAGAUGGAGAAUUGAAUGUUGAAAACUAUUCGAAUUGGUUGUCUCAGUAUAUCCGACAUUUCGCUCACUUUGCAAUAAUUAAACCAGUUCUGGUGCAAUUCUUAAGGCAGGCUUUGCAAAUUGAAACGAAUCCAACGAUCAUGUCCAGCUAUAUCAACUUCUUAACUACUCAAGAUUGCUACGAGUCAUUUGCUGAACUUAAUGACUUAAUUUCCGAUUUAUCGUCUGUUAUUAUAGAGAGGCACAGCGUAACAUCAUAUGUUUUGCCUGGAGACGGCAAUGUGACGCUCAAAAAUUUGCUGCAGCUCUUCUGCAUCUAUACAAUCAAAUCGAAAGAAAAUGUAGAAGAGUCAUACAGUAUCCAUCAAACGUACAAUAAUGAGUAUGUAAUUGUAUCUUGGGGAACAGGUGAACAGUGUCCAAUGCAACCGUUGGUUAUUCAUUCUGCUAUUGUACUACUUACGUAUGGACCAUUACCUUUAUUUGAACCGUUUAAUAUGCUUUUAAACACCUGGUUUCCUUUAAAUAUGGAUCACCCACGUGCCUAUUCACCUGACACAUCGGAAACCACGUCGUAUUUGCCUGACUGGAUGAAGCUGAGAAUGAUUCGUUCGAAUGUAUCUCGACUGGUUGAUGCAGCCAUUGAAAAAUUGGAACCACCAAAGCUGGUUUUAUUUAUUCAAUCUUUUGGAAUUCCAACUAGCUCCAUUACGAAAUUAUUGAACACUCUGGAUAAAGCCACAAUUUUAGACCAGAAACUGGUAAUGGAUUCAGUUUUGGACAAAACGUACAUGAUUCAAUUGGUGGAAGUUCAAAAUAAACGUGGCGCUAUCGGCGGUGAAAUAUUUGUUAAAGCUAUAGAAAUGCAAUUUCCUCCUGUUCAAAAAGGGGAUGCAGAAAUCGAUGUUGAUAACAGAAAAGUUCUGUCCUAUGGUGGACAAUCUGAGAAAUCGGUUUUCACCGAUAAAGUUAUAGUGGAAAACUUGAAUAUUCUAUUUAAUCCACAUUUUAUGGGUGAUAAGAACAAGAUUAUUCCUAAUCUAGUAAGGAACCUUAGUCUUGAUAAGACUCACAAGGAAACCUUCUUUAACUUCUUCAAAUCAGUACCAACAAAUUUAAUUUUGAAUCCCUUGAUCCAAUACAAAUCGUUCUCAAUGUUACUGCGACUGGUAUUUACAAGUGAUUCUCUGAGCGAAGAGAAGCAAAUGUUUGCCAUUCAGUUACUGCCAAUGAUCCCCAAGAGCAAUUGCACCGCAAACUUUCUAAGGCGAUACCUACAGAUGUAUUCGGUGAAAGAGGCAUCCGAUUCUAUUGUGCCCCUUGAGUUAAUGCAGAUGGUAAAGUGCGAGGACUUGAUAACCAGGGUGAAAUCAGAACAGGUGCUAAGCGCAUCGGAAAAUUUAACGGAGAAAUUGGGAAAAAUGCUGAUGGAGGAUGAAAGCGAGUCUGAGAAGACUGGGUUACUGGUAGAUUGGUUGUCAUCUUUGGAAUUGGAAAUUGCCAAUUCGGACAAAGACAAGCUGCAGGUGGGACUUCUGUUCUCCAAAAAAUUUCUGCAAUUCCGGCCCUUGUUGAUUUCGUUGCUACUCCAAAGAGCCAGCUGGCAAAGUCUAUUCAAGCUAGUUACAUAUUUGCUUUGUGAAGAUUCAGAAAAAGUGUGCCCAGUCUCAGUGCUAGACUAUUUAACAGCGUUAAUAAAAAGCCCAAAAUUGUGGCAAGGCCGUGAUAAGGCUGUACCCAAACACGCGCAUUUUGAAGACAUGUUGAAACUAAACGAGACACAAGUAAAAUGUAUUGUUAAAUACAUUCUUGAAGAGUCCGAUCAAUGCGAAUCAAACUGGAAGCAAAAGAUGGAGUCAAGACUUCCACUCCUCCUCAAAUGUAUCGGAGAACAUGCCCCUGUAAUUAUCAAAAUGCUAUUCCAGAGUUCAGAUACAGAAAUUUACAGCAGGGAGCUUUUGCUAAUGACCUACAUGUCUCUGCCGUUUGCCGGGCAGGAAGAAUUGGAACUCAAAGCAGACACAACGUUGGAUAUUUUGAAAAUGAACUGUUCUAGUGCUAUAGAUAGGAUAGCGCACUGUCUUCUCAGCGCAUUGUCUGCAACGCCCAGAUCCAAAGACUGGCCAAAGAAAAGCCAAGAUCUGGAACUGUGUUCCCGUAAACUUGCUGCCACGCAUCCUUUGUUGGUGCUGCGCCAUUUGCCGAUGUUAUCUGGAAGUUUAAAGGGUAGAGCGCAGUACGAAUGGGCUGUGCUGAAAAGUAGAGGUCACUUUUUGCUCUUCGGGCAAAUACUCGGGUUAAUGGAGCUGCUACAACCGUAUAUUUUUCAUCAAACUGACCAAUCCGGAACGCUUUAUGAGCUAUUGCUCUCGUUUUUCCAGCUGCUGAAUUUCCACUAUCAUCGAUCGGAACUGAACAGCUUGGUCAAAAGGAUUGUGACGUUUAUUCAAAAUUGGAUGGUGCAUGAUGUUAAAGGCGGCUCGAAAUUUUUACAAGAGCAUGGUGGAAUGUUAAACGACAUCCAGUAUAGUCAACCGGGAAUUCGACCCUUACUAUCAAGCGUUUCAUUGCCAGCUUCCUAUCAAGAAUCCACUUCUGAUGUUCUUGUAGGAUCGGUAAAUCCACCAGUUGCAGAACCAUAUCCGGACCGUUGGGAGCAAUUGAAAAACGCUUUACAAACCCAAGACUGUUUGAACGCUCUACAGGAAAUAGAUCAGAUCAGUAACAAAAGGCCUCAGCUAUUGGACAGCGUGUCGCAGAACUUGUAUGGAUUGCUGGAGUCGCCUAAUAACAGUAUCAGAUCGGUGGUUAUUUUGCUGAUGGUUCGUUGGUUGAAGUACAACCCGAAGGCAGCAUCGGAAGCAUUGCCAGCCAUUCUUUCCUGUCUGGAUUCCGAAAAUGGUGACGUUGUUAGCAGUUUGCUGGAAAGGAUCUCCGACAUUGUUCCAGUAAUGCAAGAAUAUGCAAAAAUCAUUUUGACUAAAGUUUUUCAACUUGGGAUGAAAUCUGUUUUAGUUACGACGAGUAGCAUUACGAAAACUGUAGAUUUGUUGUAUUUACAAUAUGGCUGUUAAACGUGUUUGUUUUAAAUUGUAUCUAAUUAAAUUGAUAAAUAGAUAAUAAAGUGUAUCAAAGUCGGAAAGA